AUGGCUUACGGGACCAUUUUCAUCCAUGUGGUGCAAAUACAUGGUGAGGAAAGGAUCACCAAUGCGGCAGAGAAUUAUCAUGGAAGGUUACGGAAAAUUCUCUUGAAGAAGCACCCACCCUUAGCAUCCCUAUUGCUUGUGUUCAGAAGCGUUACUUCAGUUGCAAAAGCAAAGCUAGCCGGGAUGGAAAGGUACCCUCGCGAAGGGAGAACACUGAGGAAGCGCGAUAGAAUCCGCCAUGAAAAAGUGGAUCGUGCUAUGAACACUUUCGAGGAACUUCGAGCCAGUCCUUACCUAACUACCGUCCAAGUUGGACGUUAUCUGUGA